CUAGCUGGCACUGUUUGCCCUUCGGCUAGGAAGACGCAUUAGAGUCACGUGACAUAGAAGAUGGCUAACAUAAAAGUUGCAGUUCGACUACGACCGCUCGAUAACAGAGAGAAUUCGAAUGAAAAAAUAUCAGUUGACACUAAAGAAAAAACUGUUGUGGUCACAGAUUUUAGAGUUCCAUCUGGACAAGAUUAUGAUCACAGGCAACGUGUGCAUUAUUUUAAAUUUGAUUAUUGUUUUUGGUCCGUUGAUACUACUUCAUCUAGAUAUGUCGGACAACGUCAAAUUUAUGAUCAGUUGGGGAAAGACAUUCUUAAAAUCAUUCUGGAUGGUUACAAUUGCUGUUUAUUUACUUAUGGUCAAAGCGGUUCUGGAAAAACUUAUACGAUGUUGGGAAAUGCGGAUAAUCCUGGACUGAUACCACUUCUAACUCAGGAAAUAUUUCAACCAGAAAACCAAAGAAACAGAUUAACUUUCCGCGUAGAACUCAGUUGCAUGGAUAUAUACAAUGAAAAAGUUUAUGAUCUUAUACAUCCCUCUUCGGAUAUUAAGAAUCUUCGAAUAAGAGAACAUCCUUUACAUGGACCUUAUAUUGAUGGACUAAGUCAUCAGGUUGUGAAAGAUAGUCAUUCAGUAACGAGUCUCAUCGAACAAAUUGUAGAAAGAAGAAAUAAAUCUAUUACACCAUCCAGAAAGAAUAGAAGUCAUACGAUAUUCACUAUCAAAUGUAACCAGAUACUUUUAGACGAAAAAGGAGUUCGAGAAAUAAAUAGUAAAUUGCAUUUAGUUGAUCUUGCUGCAAGUGAACGUCCAAACACACAAGCCGAUCAGAACUGUAUCAGUGCGACUUCGAAUAUCAAUAAAUCUCUAACUACGUUGGGAAUUGUCAUAACUUCUUUGGCCAAUCGAGAAUCGAAAUUCGUUCCUUAUAGAGAUUCAGUUCUGACUUGGUUAUUGAAAGAUUCUUUGGGUGGCAAUUCUUUCACUUUUAUGUUGGCAACUAUAUCUCCAUCAUCUGCAUAUUGUAGUGAAACAAUUAACACUCUCAGAUAUGCUCAAAGAGUGAAGAGUAUUGUCAACAGACCUAUAAUUAAUCAAACUCCAGCCAAACAUUUAUUGGAUCAUUUAAAAUGUGAAGUUAGCCAUUUGAAAGAAAUCCUUCUUCAUAGUAAACAAGUUCCGGAAACUAAUGAAACAAUUUCUACCAUUGAGAAGGUUUCUUCGGUUCAGGAUUCAUUAGAAAAUGUAAAUAAUACAGAAUGUGAUACCGCUUAUAUUCCUCAACCGGAUUUACUGAAAUCUAAUUUGUCAAACCAAGAAAAUAUGUCGAAUGCAAAUAUGUCUUUGUCGCCGAACUUUCCAGGUUUACUAACAUCAAAAUAUUUGGUCGCUUUAAAAGAUAAAAUCAAUAGUAAACAAGAAGGAAAUUACAUUUAUCGGAAGAUUCCUCUCGGAUGUAGAAAACAGAAACGUACAUUAAAAAGAUAUUCUUACAGUGAUUCGGACAUCAAUAAACUAGGUUCGUCACCAAAUUUUAAACUUUUUCAAGCAGCGAUUUGUGGCCUGAGCAAGAAAAACUUCAAAUGGGACGAAAAUAAUGAUGAUAAAGUCAAAAUAGAGUUUAGAAGUUGUACCGAAGUACACUUUCCCAGCAAGAACGAAUUAAAAAUAAAAAAACGAGAAAAUUUUUCCACGGAUAGUUUGAAGAAUAAAUGCGAACUAAGCACAUCAGAUUCUAGUUUAGAUUAUUCUGAAGAUAGUUUAGUUUCUGUUGUGAAAAAAGACGAAGAAAUUAGUGCGUCGACAGAAAGUUUCACCUUCGUGUUUCUGCCUAAAAAGAUUGCUUCGGAAGAUGAUUCCACUUCACCAAGAACUCUGUCUAUAGAUUCAGUAUAUGCUGAGUUUCUCAGUCAGUUAGAAGUAGAGAGACAGAAUAAGGAUGCUGCAACACAAACUACGCAGCAGAAAGAUAUCGCGCAAUUAGAAAAUCUAAAAGAUAAUUCCAAAUCGAAACAUCAAUUGAUACAGUUGAUGUCUGACGUUGUAAGCCUUUUAAAAUCGGGACAUAGCAGUUGUUUGUGCAAUCGUGUAUGUUCGAAGUCCCACUUAAAAAAUCUAAUCGAGUUUAGACGUCAAAUGGUAGCUUCUACUCAAAUAAGAAAACAGAAAUGUAAAAUAGUAUCUCAAGAUAUGAUCUCUUGCCUCAGUUCGAAUGGUUCUACAGACAGUUUUGUCUCCAAAAUUGAAAAUAUUCGGAAUUGUGAUAAAAUUCAUCAAAAAUGGCGUUCAGAUAGUGGUGCUGUCUGUCCAAGUAACAUUAGUUCCGAAAGAUUAACGUCACCCGAAAUUAACCAAGUCGAUGUAAACGUGGAAAAAAUUCAGCCGCAAGAUGGAAAACAAGACAUUAAUUUUCCAAAAAUAAAGAAAUUUUUCAGCGCACCCUCUUCGGAUCUAGAGUUUUAUGAUGAAAAUAUCUUUCCACAAGAUGUAUUUAUGCGUUUACCUUCGCGUUUGACAAAUGGUCUAACUUAUCUAUUGUAUAGAAAAAAAUUAAUUUAAUUUUUUAGAGAUUAGAUCCUUAUAUUAAUAUUAUUAAUGUAUAUCAUAUAACACGACCUACUUACCUUGUAAAUAGUCAUAUAUAUAUAUAUUAUAGACGAACGACGUUGUGACCAAAUAAGUGACCUUAUGACGUAUAAGAUUCCUAAUUACACGUGCUUCCAUGUUGAAAAUCAGGCCUAUUAAACUGUUGAACUUUAAAUUAUAUCAGCACCCAUUAAAGAACAAACUAAUGUUAAUUGUUAAUCUUGAGAAUUACAAAAUAGGUCGGUUCGUUUGAACUGCUUACCAACCGUCCAUUCAGUUAGAGUUAUGGUUGAUGAUCCAUUUUGAAAAUGCACCGAUUCAUGCGCCUUGUCUAAAUCCUAUCCGUAGUGUAAUUAAUUAAAUACAAUCACUUCUAAAGAGCUUAACACAAGUUUAUCUUUAGAUUAAUAAUGAGAUUUCAAACUUUUCAAAUUGUUUAACGCUUACAUUUUCAAAUUUCAUCCGAAAUCUGUAGUUAAUGAAUUUAUUUAAAUGUUUUUAUAUUAUUCCUAUGUAUUAAAUUGCUUGUUAAAUCGAUAAUUUUACUUUAUACAUUAUAUUUUAUCAUUGUAACGUUGUACAAAUUAAUUUUUAAAAUUAAAAUCUCAAAUAUUAUA